GAAAGAAAGAAAGAAAGAAAGAAAGAAAGAAAGAAAGAAAGAAAGAAAGAAAGAAAGAAAGAAAGAAAGAAAGAAAGAAAGAAAGAAAGAAAGAAAGAAAGAAAGAAAGAAAGCACCCGCAGACCUUUGCUGCCCUAUUGUCGCCUCCUCUCUGGCUUCCCUCCUUUUUUCCUGAGUGGCAUAAAGAGCGAAGGGGUACGCACUUCACAGAUAGGCAAUUGCGUGCAGACUGGUGGAGGCGGCAGAGAAAGGAAGCGCCCCCCGACCCUCCUCUCCACUUUCCCUCCUUUUUUUUUAAAUGACUGUUUUGGAGGUGGGAAGGGGGAAGGCGUCCAAAGAAGCCGUUGUCGUGACAACCUUAGCGAGGUCGGAUGGGUCAGAGAGGGCUUUUGGGGAUGAGAAACCCUGAGGGAGAGGAGGAGGAGGAGGAAGAGGAGAGGGAGGAAGGCGGGAGCGUGUGAGGGAGGGAAAGGGAAGGGGCUCUUCCCCAAGGCAGGCUGAGCAGAGGAGACCCUCUCUCCCCUCCUCCCUUCCCUCGCUCCUUCUUCCCGCGCUCUCUCUCUCUCUCUCUCCCUCCUCCUCCCCUCCGCCUGGGAAAGUGGGUUAGGAAGGGAGCCGAGGCUUCAGAGCCCGUUCAGCCUGAGCAGGAGACAGAGAGACACACAGAGAGAGAAAGGAGGCGGGCAAAGUCCCUCGCCGCCUUUUGGGGAGCCUUUUGGGGAGCAGCCUCUGAGCUCUUUUCGGACUUCUGGGCUUCUUGGCUGCCCGCCUCCUCCUCCUCCUCCUCUUCCCUCCCUCCUUCGUCGUUUCGUGAGCUCAGUCCGGAUUGCUGGCAGCGAGGAGGGCUCUCUUCAGAACCACCACAACAAUAACAGCAAGGGCAACAAGGCGAAGCGACAAGACUUUCGGGCUUUCAGACCAACGAAGAGAGCGAGAUUGAGAGGGAGGAGGACGAGAGGGAGCGUUUCCCCAUUUCGUGCGGGGGCGCUUUGGGGUCGCCCUCCCCCCCCCCCCCCCCCAACCUCAGCCUCCUCCCGGGCGCGUGGAAGUCCGGCUCCGUCGCUCGCGACUCCCCCCAGCCAUGGUGGGAAGGGCUCAGCCCGAGCGGAGGCCGUUCCCGUGGGUCCUACUGAGAUUGCUCUGCCUUCUCCCUACAGGGCUGCCGGUCCGCAGCGUGGAUUAUAACCGAGGCACCGACAACAUCACCGUGAGGCAGGGAGACACGGCCAUCCUCAGGUGUUUUAUAGAAGACAAAAGCUCCAAGGUGGCCUGGUUAAAUCGUUCUGGCAUCAUUUUUGCUGGUCAGGACAAGUGGUCCCUGGACCCCCGAGUAGAGCUCCAACAACUUUCUCUUCUGGAAUACAGCCUUCGGAUCCAGAAAGUGGAUGUCUAUGACGAAGGAUCAUACACAUGUUCAGUGCAAACACUGCAUCAUCCCAAGACUUCCCAGGUUUAUUUGAUUGUUCAAGUUCCACCAAAGAUCUCCAACAUCUCUUCAGAUGUCACUGUGAAUGAAGGCAGCAAUGUGACCUUGGUGUGUAUGGCAAAUGGGCGUCCUGAACCUGUGAUCACUUGGCGACACCUCACCCCUACAGGCAGGGAAUUUGAAGGUGAGGAAGAAUUCCUGGAGAUCUUGGGGAUAACGCGAGAGCAGUCAGGCAAAUAUGAGUGCAAAGCUGCAAACGAAGUUUCCACUGCAGAUGUCAAACAAGUCCGAGUCACUGUGAACUACCCCCCAACUAUUACGGAAUCCAAGAGCAAUGAAUCUGCUACAGGACGGCCAGUUUCACUGAAGUGUGCAGCCUCUGCUGUUCCUACGCCUGAUUUUGAGUGGUACAGAGAUGAUGCCAGGAUAAAUAAUGCCAAUGGCCUGGAGAUCAGGAGCACAGGGAGCCAAUCCUUCCUGACAGUGGCCAAUGUCACUGAAGAACAUUAUGGCAACUAUACCUGUGUGGCUACCAACAAACUGGGAAUCACAAAUGCUAGCCUAUUUCUUUACAAGAAAAUAUUACCCACACUCCCCAAUCCUUUUCCAGGACCUGGUACAGGGAUGGCAGGCAAUGGAUCAAUGUGUCUGGCCGUUCCACUGUGGCUGUUGGCAGCAUCCCUGCUCUGCCUACUCAGCAAAUGUUAAUAACAUCCACAUUUUAAAACAAGGGGAAAAAUAAAAAAAAAACCCAGCAACAACAACAAGAACAACACACAAAGCAAAACAAACAAAAAUGUCAUACAGGAGACAGAGCAAGAGAAAGAGGGGGAGGGAAAGGACAGCUUCUUUCACAACUUUUGUGUGUACCGCAACCGAGGGGGAAUUUUUCAAUGAAGAAGAAUCAGCAACAUUUAUUAUAACUAACUGUCAAGUCACUGACCAUCUAGGAGUAUGAGAGAUGGGACGGAUCACUCUGUUGAGGCUGGAUCCUGCCAAGGAUGUCGAGAUGCUGGGGGAAAAAAGAAAUAUCAACAGUGAAAUUAAUGUUUAUUCUCUCCGAUCCCUCAUAUCAUUUUCUCCUUUUCCUCCUCCAACCUCCCUCCCUCCUACCUCCCCUCCCUCAUGGAAAGAGAUGGCCUUUGCUUUGGAAUUGAUAGCCACAACCUUUCAAUUGGCUUGUUCAUUUCUUAAACUGAUACUUAGCUCUUUUUUUUUUCAAAUAUCUGGCAAACAUUGAUGCAGAUUUCUCUAGCAUACUGGUGUCCCAUUAGGAAAUUCCAUGCAGCCCUCACCUUGCUGCCUAUCCUCUUAAGAUGCCCCCUAUAUUCCUGUGCACUCUUAGCCCAUGAUGCUUUGAUUAUGCUAAAACAUACGUUUUACUCACCUAUCCUCUUGUUCUUGCCAGCCUAGCUCACCUCUCCCCCUUUCUCUCCCUCUCUCUCUCUCUCUCUCUCUCUCUCUCUCUUUUACAUGUGUGUCAGUGUGUGUGCACAUGUGUGUAUGUCUGUGUGGCUCUAUCCUUCUCUCUCUCUUUCUUUCAAAAGCAUGCAAAGGGAACAGUCCCUGUGUACAUACGCUCAUCAGACCUGUAGAUAAUAACUUGCAUUGUACAUGAGGUUGAAUGUUGGCUUGGAUGUGACUUCAGGGUGAUACAGAAAUGAACAAUGCAUUUCCCUUAGCCUUUUCUUGCCUCCCAUCACUAGAUUAGCUCAUUUGGGUAGUGUUCAAAUGAAGUAUAUAUGUGUUGAUUCAAAUAUUCUUCAGUUUGUCCUCAUCCAAGCUGGAGUAUCCGUAGCCAGGGUAACAAAUUGUUGAACCUCAAGGAGGCUGCUAAAUUAUAGGAAACUCUGUAAGCAUAGGGAUCUGGGAUGAGUGUGAUUUAGACAGAUUAGAAUAAUUGUACCUUAAGUCUUAAAAAGUGCUUGGUAAAUAUAUUGUAGCAGAAGAGCUCACUGUUCUACUGUUGGUUUACAAGAUCUGCGGGAGUGGUUUAGCCAAGGUGAAGCAGUCUAUAUGUAAGGAAUAAUAAUCGCCCCAGAAUUAAAGUGAGGAAGAUAAAUGUUAAAUAGUAUCAGUGAAAGGUCCAGAAGAUUAGGGGAUAACCUGAGUGUUUCUGAACAAGGAUAAGACGGAAAAUGUUAGUAGGGAAUAAGGCAAGGGGUUUUAUCAUGAAGCAAAGUGAAUAGUUCCUGAAGGUUGUAGAGUCUAGAAUAGUUGUGCCAGUUUUACACAACGCUGGUCUUCAAUGUACAGAAAUCUGUUGCGCCUCUAUUUCUUAAUAUUGGACAUAAUAAUGAAACUAUUUAGUUACGUUUUACCUGGAAUUGCAUACUUUCAAACCCACCAGUUUGGCAGGGACAGUCCUAAUUAAUCACCUUCAUUUCAUUGUUUCAUCUGUUCCAGUUUCUGUUUCUUGCCACUUUCCUUCCUCAUCCUGGCUUACUUCAGUUAUUGCCCACUGAGUUCAAAAUGCAAUAGUAGUUUGCUCUCAGUUGCGCAAAGGAGAGGUAGAUGCUUACCCUUCCCUGUAAGCUCAUGUAAAGGAAAACUACUGCAGUCUACCUUGUGUGUUCUUUCUCACUAUUAACCUUUGCCAUCUUGAUUACACCCCAAUGUUGCUUGGCUUUAUAUGUCCUGGAUUUCAUCUGUGACAUGCCAUAGGAAUGUGAUUUGUGAUAUACAGAGAGUAUGCAGUUGUGGCUAUCUUUUCUGUGCCUGAACCCAAAUGGGCAAGGCUGAAUCAUCACUGACAGUUUCACAGGCCCAUAAGUUUGGUUUAGAAUACCCAUUGUAGAGGGCAAGAUCGCACCAAAAGGAUGCAUUAAGAUGUGCAUUAAGAAAGGGAUGGGGGUUUCUCCAUUAAUUUUUUUAAUGUUGCAGUUAUUCUAAUGCUCCUAAUUCUGUGACCAGAAACCCUUCUGUUUCCUCAACCUAACUAAUUUUCGAAAAGAAGUAAUUCCACUACUGAGGAAAAGGUGAAAAUCCCUCCAAAAUCACAAGAUGGCAGACUAUACCAAUCACUUGGAAAUUCAUGGACUUCUUUUGGGAAUAAGGCAAAUUUUCUCAUGGUUAUAUUAAAACCAAAUUUUGAGGAAUUUAUGUUUUAAGGUGGUAUUCUACAUGCUCCCCAGCCAGCAAUGCCAGAGAUAUAUGAAAACUACAGACCCAAAUGUAAUUUUCUAAAGUUCUGGUUAAAAUACAAAUCUUCCAAGAUAAUAACAAAAUUCUUCUAAGCCGUCACUUCAGUUUUAUACCCUUUAAAAUCAGAAAGACAAUCACUCAGUUUCUUAGUUUGAAGCUUAACCAUAUCUGAAAGGCUGAGCAGAGGACCAUUUGCAAAAGGAAGCAAGAGAGUUUCCAGUUAAAUUAUGAGUCUGCAUUUUAAUGACUUUCCUUCUGGCUCUUGGCAUUCUUUUCACAUAAGCAAGAGAUCUCACAUGCCAGAGAUUGAUUGGACACUUGCUUAUCAGGGCAAAUGGAGAUUGAGUAAAGAUAACACAUUUCAAGCCAGGUCACUAAGAGGGAUCUAUGCACUCAUGUGACCUAAACUCCAAGUUUUCGAUAACUCUGGGGUCCCCCCUCCCUAUGAUGGACUCACACUGAUAGAUUUCCCAAAUCUGAGCACAUGUUAAACAAUAAACAAAUGUAUUUGAUUCCCACUUGCUCUGUUGGGCAUCCCAGACAGGGACAAGCUGAAUAUAAAAAUGUGCCCUGGCUAUAUUUAUAAAAAUGUGCCCUGGCUAUAUUUUUAGAAAUUGCAUGCAUUCAUGUUUUAAUGUUGGUGUGAGAAAAGAAAAUAGUUUUUUCAUAUGCAUUCUCAUCUCCUCAUGUCACUGUCAACGUUUCCUUUACUUUCAGUUUAUGCAGCUCAAAGUUAAUAUGCUAAGACUCAACUCCUACCUAUCAAUGUUAGAUACACAAGAGCAAUCCAGUUGCAUUCCUACCUAGCCAUACAUUGCACAGGUUAUAAAAUGAAGAACUGGAUUGUUGCUAGUUUUCUUUUAGAGGAACUAUUGGUUCCUCAUCUUAAGAUGAAGAGAAAGGGAUUCAGAAAGAGCAAAAGAGAAAUUGUUUGAAAAUUCAUCAGUGACUUUUGUCCCACUGGGAAAAAAAACAACUCUCCACUCCAAAGCCUUGUAAUUCCUAUGAAAUGUGGCAUCUGGCUGGUGUUAAUCUGUAAUGUAGUCUGUAUUUUAAAGAAAAAAGCCUGGAAGUACAAAUGCAAUUGAGUGUGUGAGUGUGUGUUUAUGUACAUCAGAGUCUUCCCUUUGGUCUAAUAAGUCCCAACCCCUUACAAACUGCUCCCUGUAGUUCUGUGCCUGCCCAGCAAGACCGCUCUCACCUUGAUCAACUGCCCGGACACAUCUCCCCUGCUGCUUUAGCGAUUUAUUGUUGCUGAGGUCUGCAAUUUGGGGCAGACUCUGGCAGUCAAUUAAGCAGGCAGCCAGUGUUCUCAAUACCAUCCUUCCAAGGCUGACAAGUUACUCCUGAACAGAUCAUAACCAUAAAGGCAGGAAGUGGAACAGAGAAAUGAAGGGAGAUAUGUGUGAGUAUGCGUGUGUGUGUGCGUGUGUGCAUGUGUGUGUGUGUGAGAGAGAGAACAAGAACAGUAGGGAGUGGAAAGAACAUUCAUCUCUAGAUAGCCUUUAGCAUGAACAUUACCACAAUGGUCUAACCGAAAAUAUAUUUUUACAAUAUAUCCUCCCUCCAUCACCACCACAUUCAAACAUGUGCAUUUAGCACUUUGAAAGAACAGAAACUGCUGCUCAAAAUAUAAAGAGCCUGCACCAGAUGGGCCAAAGAUGUUGAGAGGUUGCAGAAUUUGUUGCUCUAGUUCUGGAGUUGUCCGUCUUUUUAAUCCAACUGACAUUCUAGGAUCCAAGCACUAGCUGCAUUAUUUUAUUCCCACUAUCAGUGGGUUAUUUUUAUAUUUAAAGACACUUAGGAACAAUAUGUCUCCUUCCCUUUAAAAAAAUUGUUUAUGGUUGCCCAGCUAUACUGCCACAGUGAUGCAUUCUAAUUCUAUAACUCUAAGUGGUGGCAAAAGUAGUGGCAAAACUAAAUUUAAAAAUUCAAAGAGGAGAAAACCAAAGGACCACCUCAGCAAAUAUACGUAAAAAUAAAAACAAUGCUUUAAGGACAUGUUUCAGAAAUCACUCUCAACAGCCCUACCCCUGAAAAAGAAUGGAAUAAGUAGAAGUAGAGGUGGCAAAAACCCAAAAAGCUCUAUCAGAAGAACUUACACUUCUUUAGGACAAUCUGGAAGAGCCUACAGACUCCUAGUUCAAUAACUUAAUAAUUGUCUGAAACAAUGACAGUAAAAAAAGCAACCAGGUGGCCUUGACAGAGUACCCUUUAUCAUGGACAUGGGACAGCACAGGCCAGUGGUUCUCAAUCUCUGGGUCCCCAGGUGUUUUGUCCUUCAACUCCCAAAAAUCCUAACAGCUGGUAAACUGGCUGGGACUUCUGGGAACUGUAGGCCAAAACACCAGGGGACCCACAGAUUGAGAACCACUGGCACAGGCAGAAUUAUCAGAUGCAACAUUUCUAGUUUCUGUAAAAUGUCCAACCAUUCAGAAGGACCAUUGCUGAUUUGGCCAAAAUGGGAAAUCACAAAAAAAAAUACUUUAUUACAUAAGAAGCAAGCAAUGUGAAAUAUAAUUGGUAGGAUUUGAGCUGUUUGCUAACAAACAAAGAGCUUUGCUUAGAUUGUAAAUUCUCCAGAUUUGUUCACUGGUAAUGACUUCUGAUAGAAUGCUAUUCUAUUGAAACAGAUAAUCCAAACAUUUAAUAUACAGCAGUAAGUGGUAGGUGUUGGGAUUUUCUUUUUCUUCUUUUCUCCUCCUCCUCCUCCUCCUCCUCCUCCUCCUCCUCCUCCUCCUCCUCCUCCUCCUCCUCUUCUUUUUUUUUCUUUGCCAAUCUGUGUUUAACUAAAUGGGUGGAAUGGUAUCCUCCCAGACAUAUGGAUGUUCAUGAAGGCAGACACAAAUAUGGAACCCUACAGAAGGGAAUGCAGCUGUGAUUAAGAUUUUUCAAACAAAAAGCAGUGAGGGAAUGUUGAGCAGUCCUGCAUUGCUCCCUCUUUACAUCCCCAUCAAAUAAAAUUAAUGCCUUACAAUACAAUUAUAAUACAAUUCCUACAAUUUUGACAAUAGCAAUGGAUUUAAAUUGGAGAAACAUUAGUCAGAUGGUCAGUGGGAGUUCUAUAAGGGGGGGGGGGUGUAUGUGUGUGUGCAUGCGUUUACCAUUGAGGCUUGGCCCCUGAUGAGUGGUUGCAAGUUCUGUUUUCACAUUCCUUGCACAUCAUUCACAAGAUCACUGAUCCCCCCCUCCCCCCUCUUUGUCCUAGCAAAACGGUUUUCUAAAGAAAGUUUUAGUUUUACUAUUAGCAUGUUUCAAGACAGUAUAUUUUCAAUGUCCUUUAACUUAGCCAUUAUGGCCAUCUAAAACUGAAGGGAAAAUUCACUUCCUGGCAAUUUUCCCAAACCAAAUUGGUUUGUGCAAAUACAUUAUCACCAAUUUUUCCUCAGGUUUAUGGCUCUAACCCUAUACCCAUUGAAGAGAGCAAGCCCACCUGAGGCCAAUGGAAUUUACUGCUAAUAAAUGUAUAGCAGUGGAUUGUAAAUACACAUGACUGGUAUUUAUUUUUAAAAUAUAUACAAAAGCCCUGGGAUCAACCUUAGGACAGAUAAAUUGACUCAAGCCUCCAUCAAGCUCCCAAAUCCUCAUUGGGGUAAAUUCAACAACCCCAUUCAAACCUGAAGUAGAGGAUGCUGGCAAAUAAGUUUGUCAAAUGAACAUUCCAUCUGCAAUGAUAUUAAGGAAGAUAUUGGGGUAUCUAGAAGUGAUUGAGAGGGAAACAGUAAUGAAUAGAAGGUUCUUCUAUAAAAGAAAUAGAAAAGAGGUUAGGAACUGAGAAGAAUGUGUUGUGGUGAAUCUAGUAUUUCUAUUGCUAGCUAGGCACUGAGUACACUACAAGGGCAAAUAGAUUCGUAUGUGUUAGAUAUCAUCUGGAAGUAGCCAUUGGCUGUGGAAAUUACUCAAUGUGGCAAAUGAAAACCAAGCCCGAGCAAACAAGACAGCUGUCUAGAUGUGGCCUGAUUUCCAUAAGCCACAUACUGGCUUCUAGAAUGGAGCCAAGUUUUGCUUUGGUAAUGCUUCUGAAUGUUGAUACCUCCAAUCCCUUACCUAGGAGUUUUAGGAUGAAACUACACUAUCCAAUAGCUCUUCUGAUAUUUUGGGAACUGAGCUAAAUUCUAUUCACCUCCCCUGCAUAUUACAUUUCCCAUCACUAACACUGCUCCUUGUCCACGUCAUAUCUGCUCUUUGCUUUGUUGUGGUAGGGUCAUUCACAAAUGUUGGCUGAAUGCACUGCUUUGUUAUUGUAGGGUUGCUGAAAAACACUGUGCUAAUGGCAACAAUUUUUUUUAGGAAAAAAUGACUAAAAUCUUAUGUUUUUUAAAGUAUACUUGUAAAAUAACAAAAAAAUAAAAAUAAAAACCAACAGGGUUUUCCUUAGACAGGAUGAGAUGGGCUGAACGAGGAAACAGGACAAAAUGUCAUGGUUGGAGCAGAUGAGUGUGAACCAAAGUUCCCUUGAUACUCUGCCACUGACUCUUUAUGGGACCUUUAUCUAUUUGAUGCCCAAGCUUCUCCUCUAUAUCAUGGGGAGGUAUACUGAGGCACUUUAAAGAAAAAUAUUGCAUGCAAGUCACAAUUUUGUAAAGCUUUUGCAAUCUCUAUUUAAUAAGAUACUUGUGGGUGGUAUUUGGUUUGAAGGGAUAAUAAUUCUUUAAUUUGCUGUCACCAUCCAGAGAGUCAGAUGUUGUCUUUGUGCUUCCUGAGAGGUGCUGUAACACACCCUCAGUUCUCAUUGGUCCCUAAACAUUUUAUUUUUGCUUGCCACUGAGGCCAGUCGGUCUUCCUGGGAGGUAAAAAAGUAACUACGAUGGUGCAUUCAUGUGAAGGUGUUCAUAUUCUGUUUCCACUCUUUCCCCUCAUGCUCUCCCUGUAUUCCUGCUUCCCGUUUCCCACCCAGGGCCCUAAAAUGCUACAGCCUAUCGCCAUGCCAGAGUGGUGAAUCAGAAGGGGACACCAGUUUCUCCAGACUGUAGGUGUAAUUGUGUUUGAUUGAUGGAAGUUUAACAUUUAGUGUUAUAAAAACAAAAAUACAAAAAAAGAUUGUAUUUCUUCUAAAAGUUUGUAAAUAUAUGGGAGUGACAUGCAAUGUCCACUAAUGUCCAUGCAGCAGAAGAAACACUAAGAUACAAAGAUGACUUCUUGUCAGAUCGCUAACUUUUUCCCAAAUGACUGGAGCUUUAGGGGAUGGGGAGGCACGCCUCUUUCACAAUACCCAGGAAACAUGGAAGCACCUUCUUGGAACACAUGAACUCUAAGCAUGAUCAGAGUGCUUUAUCUUGUAUGUGACUUACUCUUUGGCAAAUGGGAUAGCUACAAAUGCCUGCAAAUUACCAAGAAGACAGGUCUGUGAGUCACUGUGUACCUUGACAGCUUGUUUAUUUUCUACCUUACAGCCUUGAGGUUCUUAGAUCAGAAAUUAGACAUUGAUCCCUCAAAUGAGAUUGCAUAUUAUUUGGUCUAUUUAAUGAUAGCCUCUUCAAAAGACAGGGAUACAAUUCUGAAUCCAGUAAAAGUAAUGGGAUUUUGGUCAAAAAAGAUCAAUGGAGUUAACACUGUAUGCCUAUAGUUAGCUAAGCAAAUAUCACCGUCAUCAUACUUCUAAGUCACUUCAAAAGCCUGCCUAUAACAUUUUGAAGCCACACCAGUUUUUUUUUCCAAGGGAUGGGCAUGUAAUAAAGAGGACAGAGAUAGCCCAAACUACCUUUGCUUUCAGCCGCACCAAAGGAGACCUCCAUACAACAUGUACUGUAAUUUCUUCACACUGCAUCAUGAAAGAACCCAACUGAAUGGAGAGGAAAUUACUCAUCUUAUACUUUUGUAAACCGUGCCCUUCAUCAUUUCUGUCUCAAAUGAGCAACAAUUUGUGCUAUCAUAACAUUACAACAAAUAACUAGAUGUAAUUUGAGUAUAAAUCCUGUGAAGUCCAGGCAGGCUGUGACAGACGCUUUCACUCUCAUCUGAGAAGAAAUAUUUCAACUCUGAUUCAAUUCACACCAAAUAUGGAUUCUUUCCCACAACUUUCCAGAAUGGUGAAUGGGUUUUCUUGUUGGAAAGCAUUUUGUUCCUGGGUGAUAAAGAGUUGGUCUUUUGUGCAGCAAUUUUUAAAAAAAACUAUGCAAGACUGUAAUCCUUGCGUGCACAUGUAUAAGCUGAUCAAUAGGUAAGAGGAAGAGGAUAUGGAUGUGCAGUGCUGUUGUUUUUUAUAGAGAUGUGUAAGAUGCCUUCUGUUUGCAGGCUUCAUCAAGACACACUUCACCCUCCUGCAAAGCAGAUAUAUUAAUACCAAGAGGGCUGUGGUCUCUAUAAGAAGCUACACUUACCAAGGAUACAAUCAUCAUAAUGGAAUGUGUGAUAAUCUUUAAAUGCUUAGUUAUUACUGUGGAUGUUCAUCUUAGCAAAUAAACCAGAACUAGUGAAAGGCAUCUACCACUCUACCUCCAAUCUUGAGGAUGAAAUAGUAGGAGGUAAUAGAGCAGGAAGGUAUUAGAUUAGAAGUGGCAUCAGCCAAUCCAAGGCAAAGUUGUCAACUAAACCAGUUUCUCAUGCAGGCAAAGAAAGCUGUGACAAUAUGGAACCUAGUAGUUACUUUAAAUAAUGUAAUACCAUUACUUUCCUAAAAUGAAUUCCUUCAGGCAUCACAGAGAGAAAACUUCAUAAGUGAUCCUGAAGAAUCUAUGCCCCCAGGUUUAAGAUGGUACGACAAAUGGUAAACUUGAAUUCAAAAUGAUCGUUCCUUUAAAUGUAGUGAUAUUGCUAAAUGCCCAGAACUAUUACUAUCUUACCAUGUUAUGUACAUUGCUGUCAUGAAGUACACUGGGAACAACUCUGGGGGGUAUAAUUAAUAAUGUAAUCAAAUGAAUUAGUACUACAAUUCAGUAUGAGAACAUUGUCAAAGAGAUGAAGGAAAUGUAAACGGUCAUUUUGUCAAAUGUCUUCUGUGAAACUGACUUGUGUGCUAACCAAUGGUUUCAUACAUAAACAUAUUCUCUGUCUUGGUUGCUUCUGUAAUUUCUGAUAUCUCAAUAGAUUUGCGUGGUUAGAGCCAGAUUAAGCCAAUUCCACAUAGUAACUGUUGAAAUUGAAAUCAGUAGGACUAGGAUUGAAAUUAUAACAAAUUCAGCCAAAAUGUUUCAACAGGACUUAAGUGAAAUAGAUUUAGUCUGGAUCCAACCCUACAUAAAAUGUAACUACAGUAGAGUCUCACUUAUCCAAGCUAAACGGGCCGGCAGAAGCUUAGAUAAGCAAAUAUCUUGGAUAAUAAGGAGGGAUUAAGGAAAAGCCUAUUAAACAUCAAAUUAGGUUAUGAUUUUACAAAUUAAGCGCCAAAACAUCAUGAUAUACAACAAAUUUGACAGGAAAAGUAGUUCAAUAUGCAGUAAUGUUAUGUUGUAAUUACUGUAUUUACAAAUUUAGCACCAAAAUAUCAUGAUAUAUUGAAAAAAUGGCUUGGAUAAUCCAGAAGCUUGGAUAAGCGAGGCUUGGAUAAGUGAGACUCUACUGUAUAUGCAAGGAGCACAACCAUCUAACUAUAAGCUUUUAUUGAAAAGCUGUUUCAAAUGAGAAUGUUUACUUUCUCUGAAAUGUCAUUUGCUCCCAGUCCUGGUCACAGAGAGACAAGCACUUACAUACAGGCACCCUGAAAUGUUGCCACUCAGUAUCUUCUGCUGUUUUCCAAAUGUCAGCACCCCACCCCUUUGCCACACUCAUCUUCUCCAGCUUCCCCCAUGACACAUGAAACCCAACAGACUUACUCAAUCUGCUUUUAAAACUAGCUAUAUAAUAAAAGUCAUAAGUUUUGUGGCUUGUGAUGAGCUCCUGUUAACAAGGAAAGGGUUAUGUUGACAAGAAUAGGGAGAGGAUGGCAAACUCAUCUCCAGCAACUCUUGACCCUUUCUAUUUCACCAGCUGCAGCCAAUUUGACUCCUCCAGGCCUUUGGGAGGACAUCCAGUCUCUUCAUGCUGCACUGCUGGGCAGUUAGAAUUCUCCUCAUUAACAGUGUUAUAUACAUAUAAAUAUAUAUAUAUAUCUAUAUCUUUAUAUAUAUUUUUCCCCAGCACCGUAGACAUGAUCUGAACUUCUCUUUAAUGAAACGAGAACACGGCCAUUCUAUUUUUAUUUUAUUUUUUUCUGUCGGUUUUUCAAAAACUAGCUCUGUGGAAGAACAUUUUAAAGCGCAGUGUGUGUGUGUAAAAGAAAAAAUGACAAAAGCUUUUUUCUUUUCUUUUUUUUCUUUUCUCAAUGUAUUUAACUUCUGUUUCUGUGUCUCUGUUUAUUUACAUCUAUGAAUGCUCUGCUCUUCUGUGGUCUAAAAAACCCCACAAAAAACAAAAAUGAAAUAAACGUGAAAAGGAGGAGCUAAGUCUUCA